GUUUUUGCAGAGGUUGCUCUUCAAAUAUCACCACAAUCACAGGUCAGGGAUCUAUCUUCCAAAAUCGCGAAGGUUGGUAGCCACUUUUAGACUCUUUGUGAAUGCCUCAGAGCAUCCAACAAUUCUUCCUUUGCAUGUGAUAGUGUGUGGUGUGUGUCUGUAUUUUUGAUAACCACUCUCUCCGCCAGCACUCCAGGACUCAGCAAGUUCCUACUCUGGGGUUUCCUUCCCAUCCGUGCGCGCAGUGCAUGUUGAGCUGUGAUCCUUGAACUAAAUAAGUUGAUUUCCAUGGGUGAUCAAUCAGCCGCCAGUCACUUACUGUUGAAGUAAAAACAGCACCACAUUUUUUAGUGCAUUGCUGACAGCGGUGAAGGCUUAUUGAUAUUUGGGGGCUUUUCUUCAAUUGAAUCCCAAAGACCAAUGAGUCUGCUCUGAACUGGCUUCGGCAGAUUUUAUGAUACGGUAUGAUGACCAUCCGACAGACCAUUGCUCAUCUUGGUAUCCAGCCGCGGAUGCAACAUAAGCGGCAGCCGGCAUGGAUGUUUGGGAUCUUGCGGCGCUAGAUUCUAUCAGUGGCAUGGACACUCAACUCAAACCGAGCUGCGAAGGACAGAAACUCAAAGUCGAGCUGAUACACCCUCGUUCUCGACCGGAGCAACUUUCUCCUGAGCUCGACCAGCAACUAUUCAGCAUAGCCCAGGAAAUGGUGUUUAAUUUAAAGAUCGACCGGGCCUUGAAAUAAUCUGACGUUUAAUUGGUUAGCACUACCCCAGGUCAACGCCCAGCGCAUCGAAACCGCGAGACCGCAUGUCAAGCUUGUUCUGUGGCAUCCCAAGCUGGGUUGCUUUGCAUAUGUUUAGGCACAGACGGCAGGAGGUUGCCAACGGGGAUCCCAGCAUGAUUGCGGAUAAAUUCCAUAUCUGUGCUGGCAACUACCGAUCUCACAAGCGAAUAAAGAGUCCGAGCCUAGGAUUGAUGGGUGAGACUAAUGGCUUCUAUUUUUCUUAUUUUAUUUUAUCUGCCGUCAUGCCCUUGAUUGCUACAAAUACUCUCAGCCCCCUUCUCCUACUAUUUCAACAGAGGCACCCCCUCGUUCGUCCUCCUAGUUUCCCUCAUCCCGUCGUGAGGAUAAUUUCGGCUCUUAUUCCUUUCUUCCCUUUCCUUCAAUUUAGUUGCUACAAUGCUUCUGUCUAUACCUCUAUUGUUUAUAUGGUUUAGCUACCUGCUCCCAGCAAUCUCAGCUGGGCAGUGCCCGCCCAAAUAUGUUAACGUCCGGCAUUUCGAGCUCGAGCUCACCUGGGGAGAUGCUUCUCCCGACGGAACCGAACGAAAAGUGAUUUUCACUAACAACCAAUUCCCCGGGCCCCAACUAAACAUCGCGGAAGGUGAUGAGGUUAAGGUCCUCGUUAAAAACAAACUUCCAUUUGAAACAUCUAUCCAUUUCCACGGCAUUUCUCAACACGGCACCCCGUGGUCGGACGGAGUGCCUGAUGUUACCCAGAGGGCUAUUCAGCCAGGGGAAUCCUUCCUGUACCGCUGGACUGCAGUCGAAUAUGGCGCUUAUUGGUAUCACGGCCAUGCACACGGCCAGAUGUCUGAUGGCCUGUUUGGAGCGAUUGUGAUUAGCCCAAAACCGGGCCGACCUGCACCGUUUCACAAGAUUUCCAAAUCGCCAAAGGAGAUUGAAAAGAUCAGGAAAGCCACGUUGAACCCAACGACCAUGUUUUUGUCCGACUGGCACCAUUUGACUUCGGAAGAAUUUUUCCAUGUGGCUACGGAUUCUGGGAUCGACAACUUCUGCACGGAUAGCGUUUUGAUCAAUGGGAAGGGAUCAGUUAUAUGCAAGUCCCAAGACGAGUUGAAUAAUUUGACAAGGCCAGAUCAAAGAAUGCUUCUGGGAGAUGAGAAUCUAACGGACAAAGGUUGUCUUCCUUACUAUCUCCCGUCUGUUGUGGGUGACUUCCCCUUUGAUCCCGAGAAAGUUCCGGAAGACCUCUACUACAACUGUCAGCCAAAUGAAGGACAACAUGAAAUUCUCACCGUCGACCCUGAUGAUGAUUGGGUAAGUCUCAAUUUUAUAAGCUCGUCAACAAUUGCUCGCUUCAUGUUAAGCAUCGAUGAGCAUAAAAUGUGGAUAUAUGCCAUCGAUGGGCAUUACAUCGAACCCACUCGUGUCGAUGCCGCUCCCGUUCCCAACGGCAGUAGAGUUUCUGCCCUGAUCAAGCUCAACAAGCCUCGUAGAGACUAUACGAUACGUGCUGCCAAUGUCGAAAGCAACCAACUGUUCAGCGGAUUUGCGACCCUUCGAUAUGCAGGGCAAAAGAAAGGCCCUCGUCCCAAACCCAGUAAGCCCUCCAUUGGAUACAAUGGCGUCAACCUGACGGCAGACUUUGUGGCUCUCAACGAGGACAAGAUCACUCCUUUUCCACCAUCCAAACCCGCUUCCAAGGCUGAUACAACUUUCAAAUUCAACAUCGGAUUUGCCGGCGCGGCCUUUCGUUGGACCCUCAGCGGGAAAGCUCCACUAAACACUUCUCAAGGAAUCGAGCCAAUUCUUUUCGACCCCAACGGGCCACUGGGAAGUAAUAGAAAUGUGACUUUCCCAACCAAGAAUGGUACAUGGGUGGAUCUAGUUCUCAUCACGGGCGGAAAUUUCAACCCUCCUCACCCGAUACACAAGCACUCGCACAAAAUGUAUCUGAUCGGUAAGGGGCAAGGACCUUUCGACUGGGAGACUGUUGAAGAUGCCAUCAAAGAGGUUCCUCAGUUCUUUAACCUGGAAUCGCCGCCCUUGGUAGAUGGGUUUACAUCGCCUCCUGGCACAGCACAAGAUCCCGGGUGGGUAGUUGCUCGAUAUCAAGUGACUAACCCGGGUCCUUUCCUGUUACACUGCCAUAUCCAGACACAUUUGUCAGGUGGGAUGGGAAUUAUUCUGCUGGAUGGAUAUGAUAAACUUCCCGAGGUGCCAGUCGAGUAUUUGAAGGCGGAGUUUUAGUCAGAAAACGUAAUAAGGCGAGGAAAAGCGGACUGACGCAGAGCUCUCCAACUCUGCAUAUAUUACCUUCAAUUCGUUUGUAUAUAUAUAAUACUUAUUGGCCAUUUUUCUUUGUAUCUUAAUAGCACGCAUAGUACUGUACAUGUACAUACAUACAGCUCAUUUGAGAAUAUAUUUCGAUUUUAGAUAUUCUUUUUCCCUUGAUAGAAGCCAGGGAAUUAAGGGGGAAACGAGGAUGAGAAUGUCCACCUAGACACGCGAAGAAUACUUGUCCGGAACACAGAUAUUUUAACUCGUCGGUCAUCCUCCGUAAAUACCACCUCAAUCUUUUGCCCCUCACGUACUCCGUACGUCCAUUGUUAUUGAGCAGCCAGCAGUGAGACCCGUUUGAAAAUGGUAUUGUCGCGGGGAAGCUGAUCUUCCCUCUCCCAACAAGGGGAUUUAUAUCACGGGGACAGCGAACCCUAAUCUGCACAUAUUUGUCGCAGCUUGCUCCUACAUCUUAAGAGUGAUAACUCCACCAAACCUCUACAAGACUACACCCUCAACUACAGCUACGAUUACUGCAUGAGCUUCCACUUACAUUGAUACUCUUAAGAACUAUAAUUGGUUUGGCGGUGAAGCGUACGCUCACGUCUACCACACAAGCUCAACUACUGUGGUGAAAACAGUUCACCACUUGACCGAUGCCCUGGAGAAGAGAGGGAAGGGUAUCUUUACUUAAGGAUAUCAAUUUCUAUGAACGUCUAAAUUGGCGUCAGGACCUGGAUUAUUUUCUCAUGCUUCGGAACAUCUUUUACCAUAUAUUGCGCGAAUAAUGCCGCCAUUUGGCGCUUUCAUGAUCGUCAGGGGCGAAGAAAAUAAUCGUUUCAGGGACGUCUUAUCCGUGUGAAAGAUUAUGAGGAUCCCGGCCCCACCGCUCUAUGGAUACAAAAUUCACAUCUACGGUUGAAUAUGCGAAGAAAAUGAGCUUUUGUCACAGUGAUCUAAACACAACAAAUUGGCUUCUUCAUGCGAACUCCAACUUGAAGCUGUUUCGAUUUCAGUCGUACCAACCAGUACUCUGUGGGACGUGCGAGAAGCUGCUGGGCCCUCAAAAGGCACUUGCAGACUCUGCUCUACCAGAACUGAGCAGUUCGCCAUCAUGUCAAUUCUCUACCUCAUGUUAUUAACCUGGACGGGCCUGAAUUGGAACCCGAUUUAAGGAGAUGACUUUCCCGGAUAUUAACCGCCACGAAAAUCUUUGGUAGUCUCAUUAUUUGGUCGUUGGUAUAAUGCUUAUCGUAUUACGGUUCUGAUAACUAGUAUAUGAGUUCAAGCACAAAACAAAAUACAUUGACAUCGAUCACGGAAUAUGAGAUUAUCGACCGCCCAAAGGAAAUGAAGAGAGAGAGCUGUGAAGCACUGACCCGAAAAGGAACCUCCCUAUGCAUCUAAGAGACUAUUCAUAUGGGCUCUUGGUCUCUCUACCGGAACGGCUUUGGUUUUGGUUCUGGUUCCCCAGCCUUGAUAGAUAAUCAGAUCGAAACGUGCAAACGUCACCGGCCAACGAAGAUACUCUGCGUUCUGCACCGAAGGAUCAGAUAACAUCUUCCCGGGUUGCUUGCGCAGAUCUUUCGACUUCCGAUAGCUGUACGUCCCCUCUCAAUACGGUGGGCGGCUAUCGGAUAGCGACCCGCGGGAAGACCAGUGUUGAGAUAAAAGCUUUCGAGUUCUACGGCAUUUCGCAUUUCGAAGACCCAAAUUCAUUUGAGUGGAAAGCUGAAUAGGGAUCCAGGUCAACUAUCAUUCACCGGCAUGAGAGGAUGUAGUGCCCCCUGAGAAGUCUUGACUGCAAAGAAAGUAGUCCGUCCUAUCAUGGAUUUUCAAGUGUCAACUGCUGCGGGCUGAUGCUAGGAUUCUAGAGAGGUUGAUAAGGUAAGGUACAUAGGAAUAGCUUGAUACAUCCGCCGGAUCAUCUCUCUUCCCUUUAGCUUAGUCCUGAUAAAAAAUCACCUGGGAUAAUGUUUCCUAUCCGCAGGAUUUAUCCGCGCUUCCUUUCCCCCACGGUUCGACCAUGGUUAAUAACUCUUUAACCACCUCAACCAUCAUCACAUUUUUGAUAUUUCCAUGAGAAUAUAUCACAUGCUCGAAGGUGGCAGGCAACACGAAAUGUGCGAGAGGUAGGUGUUUUUCAGAAGAUAACGAGGUUCAAUAAAAGCAUCAUAUUAUGACUUAUAUGUGGAAAAAAGGAGGCACUUCUGACUGGCCGGGCACACCCGCUGUUUUUCUCAGCAGUAGACGAACCUAGGUAGAUAUGAGUGGGAAUUAUAAAACUCGCCAAGUAACAUUUGCUAGAGAACAAUUCAACUGGCUGAGAACUGAGUUUGAUAUCUGAUUUUGAUAUACAAAAGGUAAAAAACAGAAGAUAACUAGGGAGAGAAGAGUACUCUAUGACUCUUGUACUCUGGAAUCUAGUAGCCGUAUUCAGGAUGCAUUAAGAACUGAAGUAUCUAACUAUAUUCCGCAUGCAUGGAACAUGAGAGAUCGUCG